CUGGUCACAAAAUUUUCACGAGGAGUGUAUCCAUAUUAUUCAUAUCUAACAGGUACCUUAUAAAAGUGCAGGAAAUGCUGAACUAAUAUUACUGUUUAGCUUGUUAAGUAGCUCCAUUGUUCUGAAUAGCUGGCCAUAGUUCAGACCAUUGGUGCAAGAAAACUUUCUCGUCACGCCGAAGGGCAAUGCUUUACUUAAGAUGGUAUCUGAUUUCUGAGUACGUGCAUCAUCUAUAAAAAUUGGAAGUUAUUAGAUGACACUUUUCUCCACAAUCUUCCCUGAUUUCAUAAUCCUUUUACUAAUUCUUUUUGAUAUCGAUUUGAAACAGUCUACAUCAGUUAAAUUUUUCGUAUGUUUUGAAGCAGUUAAUUGCAAAACACUAAGUUUUAAUCGGCUUAUGCAAUCAAAAAACCUUCACUGCACAAUGGCGCGGUGUUUCAAAGUCCUUCUUUUUGGCUCAUAAUGUUUAAGUGUCUGCCAAUCAUCGGGCCUUGUGGAAGGCAUGUAGAUCACAUUGACAGGCGACAUUCGAAGCUCGAACAAGUUCCGGAUGAUGUGAUGCGAAAUUUUCGCACUCUUGAAGAGUGUCGUCUAGAUGCUAAUCAGAUUAAAGAGUUGCCUAAGAAUUUCUUCCGCCUGAAGCGAAUCCGUCUUCUGACGCUGAGUGAUAAUGAGUUAACUCGUUUACCUACUGGGAUAGGAAGCUUUUCCAACCUUGUUGAACUCGAUGUUAGUAGAAAUGACAUAUCCGAGCUCCCAGCAAGUAUUCGUUUCUGUGAUUCAUUGCAGAGUUUGGAUGUGAGCAAUAAUCCUUUGCAGAGCCUGCCUGCUGGGUUUUGCCAACUACGUAAUCUACGAGUUUUGUGUCUUAAUGAUAUUUCAAUUGGUGAGCUUCCUGAAGAAAUUGGCAGGUUGGUUUUCAGUCAUUUUUUGAGAUUAUUACUAACUUGCGUGUGGUAGUUCGUGUCUGCUUUUAUGUCCAACGUCGUUUUUCAAUGUGAAUUAAUGAUUUUACACCCCUCGAACGAAGCACCAUGUCUGUCAUCCGAACUUUAAUUUGUGUAGUCGCAUAUAUAUAUUGUCAAAGGCGUUGAAGAUUGAACAAUCAAUUCUUGGUUGUUUGCUCAAAAUCAACUUCCCCAAUUUUCGCGGAGGCAUCAAUACGACAGUCAUCGUCUCAUCGGUCGCUGUUCAGAAAGAAGAGUGAAACAUCGUCAGAAACCUUAGUUCGCUUAUUCCUUUUAUAUGUUGGUGUAACAAUAAAGAAUUCUCAAGCGGCAGAUCAGUGUUUUGGUUUUUGCGUGCGUUAUAACUAAGCGUUUCUGAGAAAUCUUCUAAGAACAGCGUGGGCCCGAGCGUAGCGAGAGCUGGGCAUUAACGGUUUAUGAGGUGUGAUUGACAAUAUAUAUAUA